AUGCUAAAUUUCUCCCUGGAAUUCAACCCUUGUGAAAACACUGUCGCAGUUGAUUGCAGCAAAUUACUUCAUUCUGACGGCUCAGACACACCAAUCAACGCCUGGGAGUUGCAAAAUUUAGGUCUCAGUGAACUCAAUGAGUGUCUCUCUUCAAUUGGAGCAAAGCCUUUAGAUGAGGAAUUGGCGAAAAAUGUCUGGGAUGCCAUGAAAAGUAUCUAUAAAAUCGCCAAUGCAAUUCCUCGUGAAUGCUUCAAAAACAUGGGCUACGCUCUCGUGGGCAUUCCUCCUGAGGACUUUGACAACAUCACAAUUGGGGAUAUUGAAAUGGUGGAGGUUUUUGGCCAAUACAGAGGCUUCAAUCCUGAACAAAUGUACGCGAUUUUGGAACGAGUGCAAAGCGACUGGACAGAAAAGAUCCCGGAAACCUAUUCGCAAUAUGAUCUGGAAGCUCUACGGCAAAUUCUUUGUGUGAUGAACAUGUCAGAGAUCGAGCGUAUCCAUGCAGAUGCCUACAAAGGAGCAGCUCAGACCAUUGGAAGUCUUCAGGAUUGCACUCCGGAAGUCAUUCAGGGAUUUGCAAAGCUUGCUAUUCACUCCAUGGCUUUCGGACCGCCGGAUGGUUGGAGUAAGUUGGACGUGGUCACAAUCGGCGCGGUGGUUUCAGGACUGCCUCCUGAUCUCUACAGAAGUAUUCCCUCUGACAAUCUGGCCAAGAAAACGGACAAGGCGAAAAAUACAGUACACUCCGAUAAGGAAAUUGAAGUGAAAACGGAAACUAUGUCUGAAUCGAUGUAG